AUGGCUUCCGGUGAUCAGAAAUUCCCCCCUCAGAAACAACAAACACAGCCUGGGAAGGAACAUGUCAUGAAUCCAACACCCCAAUUCACUAGCCCUGACUACAAGCCUUCAAAUAAACUUCAAGGAAAGAUUGCACUAAUUACUGGUGGUGAUUCUGGGAUUGGACGAGCUGUGUCUAACUUGUUUUCGUUAGAAGGUGCAACUGUGGCCUUCACAUAUGUGAAGGGGCAAGAGGAUAAAGAUGCCAAGGACACUCUGGAAAUGAUAAGGAGGGGCAAGACUGCGGAUGCCAAGGAUCCAAUGGCCAUACCAACUGAUUUGGGUUAUGAUGAGAAUUGCAAGAGGGUGGUUGAAGAGGUGGUGAGUGCUUUUGGUCGUAUUGACAUUCUGAUCAACAAUGCAGCUGAGCAAUACGAGUGUGGAACUGUGGAGGAAAUAGAUGAGCCUAGGCUUGAGAGGGUCUUCCGAACCAAUAUCUUUUCCUAUUUCUUCUUGACCAGGCAUGCUUUAAAGCACAUGAAGGAGGGAAGCAGCAUAAUCAACACGACAUCAGUGAAUGCAUACAAGGGAAAUGCGAAACUACUGGAUUACACUUCCACUAAGGGAGCAAUUGUGGCCUUUACAAGGGGGCUUUCCCUUCAGCUGGUUAAUAAGGGAAUUCGGGUCAAUGGGGUGGCUCCAGGGCCCAUUUGGACACCAUUGAUACCAUCAUCUUUCAAGGAGGAGGAAACUGCACAAUUUGGAAGUCAAGUACCAAUGAAGAGAGCUGGUCAUCCUAUUGAGGUUGCACCAUCUUUUGUUUUUCUUGCUUCCAACCAAUGCUCCUCUUACAUAACUGGACAAGUCCUUCACCCCAAUGGUGGAACCAUUGUCAAUGGUUAA